UACUUUUGUUGUUGGUAUUGUUCCUCUCAGGAUGCAAAAGUUAACAGAGGAACGAAGCUGGCUCUUUGCACAGGCUAAUGUAUGUAAAUAUGUUGUAGCUCAGUUGAACGCUACAUAAACAUAUCCCUAAAACGGAAGGUUGUCGCACUCGGUUAAAGAAAGAAAAGCGUUCUUAUUCAAAAAGACGAAGAAAAGUAAGCAAUAUUAGCUAGCUAGCGAACAAGUAGACAGGCGAACCGUGAUCUGUUGUGUUAAGCCUCAUGAACAGCCGCUGUGUUGGAAUAUUUCAAAGAUUAUACUAUUUUCUCAUCUGAGACUGUUUUUCCAGUUCGUAUUUGUGGACCGAUUAUUCGCGAAGCUCGUGCCACCGACAGUACAGCUCGAGGCCUGUUGUGCCUCUCAGUAAAAUGCUGUUUAUUGUCCUGUCCUUUGUGUCUGUGCUUUAUUACAAAGUGCAGCGCUCUUUCUGUUGAGACUUUUGGGAUCUGAAACGCAUGGAAAGCAGACUUUAGUCGCUGCUAUACAUCGCCUACAGCACCUUAUUUUCUCCGGACUGGCCGUCUCUGGAGGAUCUUCGAAAUAUUGAGCAAAUCUUUGACAUGUUAACAAGCAGACGACCCAUAACUGCUCAUCUGCUUGCGAGUCAUGUCAAACUACACUCUUUGUGUGAGGCGUUUGCUCAAGCCUGGUUGAUUGUGUUCUCACAGUUAUCGUGCAUCAAGACUGGCUCAGAGUAGCCGAUCAGCUUCUCUCGUCCCGCUGUGCACGGACCUCGCGGAGAUGAACCCGGUGAACGCCACCGCGCUGUACGUGUCGGCGUGCCGCUGUCUUCUGCAGUGCGACCCGAUGGACCCGGAGACAUACGGAGGGUUGUUUAACGUCUUGCCUUUCUUUAGAGACUCCCUAUCCUGCUUGGUGUGUGGGAAUUUGCUUCAGGAUCCAGUUGCUCCAAAAAACUCCUCCUGUCAGCACUUCGUUUGCAAGGGUUGUAAAGGCAAGAAAAUGUUUUUAAAGCCAUCCUGCAGCUGGUGUAAAGACUAUGAGCAGUUUGAGGAGAAUAAACAGCUCCAGAUUCUGAUCGACUGCUACAGGAAUCUCUGCGAGUGUGUCUCAGUGUGCGUCACAUCAGAGCAGAGUGCCUCGGGGGUCAAGGGUUACCCUGAGGUCAAGAAGAUGCUGGAGGAGGUGUUGGGGGUGAGUCAGGAACAAGAAGACCCCAGUCCUGUCAGAGACACUUUGGAUGUUCCUCAUCUCAAAACAGAGACUGACUCUUCACAAAGCUCUACUGAUGUCAUCCUGACUGACUCGGAUAAACCCUCUGAGCAGAUCCCAGCUGAACUCGAGACCCUUGAGCCUGUCAGGGCUGAUGGACCUCUGAAAUCUGACUCAUCACUACACAUGGGUGCUGUCGCUGUUGACGCAAAGUCCAAAGUUAGUCAAGAGACAAGCAGCGAAUCGGUGCAUCUCAAUGCGGAGAGCACAAGCGUCCUGGAAGACCUUAAAUCUGACAUUGCGAGCAAGGAGGUAUCAUGCGGACAGACUAAAGCAACACCAGAGCCAUGUCAGAACUCAUUACAGUCCCAAACCAGCGGCACCCUUGCCCAAGCACUCCCUCCGCAACCUCAGACGGGCCUGACUUGCCUCGCCACAGCCCACAGAAAAGUGCACCUGAGCCGAAAGCGCUCUCGCUCUGAAAGCGACAGUGAGAGUCUCCAACCUCUGGCCAUCACCAGCCUCAUCCAGGGGCCAUCGGUAGCAGCCACGGCGCCGCCUAAAACAGCAUUUGAACCGAAAGCGCCCUCCCCACCUGCUGUUGUGUUCACUAACGGAGGCAUUUUGAAGGUUAAUAAGGCUGUGCUGGGUUCAACAAAAAAUAUCCAGAUAAACACAGACCUAUGUAAUAAGAAAGUUCAGGCGAAGUCUAAAGUAGCUGUCCCGAAGGCAAAGGGAAAGGCAAAGGACAGGCUGCUGUCAGCUAGCGUUUUAGCAGGACAACCAGGACAGCCCCAUAAAGUCGUGUACAAAAAGACACAAGAAAAAAAAGGCUGCAAAUGUGGACGAGCCACCCAGAAUCCAAGUGUUCUUACCUGCAGAGGUCAAAGAUGCCCCUGCUACUCCAACCGUAAGGCCUGUUUGGACUGCAUCUGCAGGGGCUGCCAGAACUCAUACAUGGCCAACGGGGAGAAGAAGCUGGAGGCUUUCGCCGUGCCCGAAAAAGCCCUGGAGCAAACCAGACUCACUCUCGGCAUCAACCUCACCAGUAUAUCUGUAAGAAACGCUGGAACGAACGCUGCAGGAGUUCUCGGUCUGUCCGCAGACUCCCCUAUGGCCUCUUUCCUCACGUCCAGCACCGACGAGGACCAGAGUUUUGAAGAGGCUCUAGAGAUGCAUUUCAACUGUUGAUAGCUGUCCUGCUACUGAUAUCUCUCUCAGCCGUGGUCGAUUCCUGGUUUAUGUCGAACAGAAACUGUUUGCCAAAACUCUUGUCUGUAGUUUUCAUGUUCAACCUCUACCAUAACAAACAAACACACACUGCUGUAAUGGAAAGUUACUGUGAAGCUGUAUGGCAUAUUUUGUUAUUCUGAAGGAAUUGUUUGCUUCUCUGUGGCUGUUUUAUUCACAAUGAACUUAGGAUCUGAUAAAAGGCUGUUCUUUU